GGUACUUUACGGCAGUUCGGGCGCUUUCGCCGGGCGAGCGUUUGGGCUUGCGGUUUGUGUCCGCACGUGUGCUGUUGUUUUGCGUCUGGUGCUCCUGCCCGUUGCAGUGGAGCAGCCACUUUAAAGGACGUAUUGGCAGCGUAAGCCAAGGACAGUGAACUGAUGGCUUUUGCUGCUGAAAAUGAAGGGACCUCGGGAGGAGGUCUCCAGAGGGUACCUGAGGGGGCGCGGCUAAGUCCUGAGUCUGGUAGGGAAGUGGAGGUCGGGAACUUUGCACGGAUGGAAGAGGCUGGCGGUGGAGAGGAGGGGAAUGGACGUACAGGCAUGAAGAGGCUACAGGAUGCAGAGAUAGGAAGUGGGCAAAGGGCAGGGGAGAUGCAAAUGGACUUAACAGUUGUGAAGCAAGAAAUUAUGGACUGGUCGGAUGUAGAAGGCGGCAUGUUGAAUGCACAGUGGGUAAAGCAGGAGGUAGAGGAUGGGCCUGAGGUGAAGGAUGAGAAAGCGGGCAUAUUGGAAGUGAAGCAGGAGGUAGAUAGUAGUUUGAUAGUAAAAGAAGAAAAGGUGGAUGAACCAGAGGUGAAGGAAGAGAAAGUGAAGGUGAAGGAAGAGGUAAUGGAUUGGCCGGAAGUGAAGGAAGAAAAGGAUAACUUGGAGAUAAAGCAGGAGACGUUUGGUGAUGAGACUAUAAAACGGGAGGAGAUGGUGGAUGGAGUGCGCAUAAAAGAAGAGGAGCAUUUCCUGAAGAAAGAAGUAACAGAUGAUAUAAAGGUGAAAGAAGAAUUUCAUAUACAUUCCACAGUGGGCCGCAAGCGAAAAUUGGCCAUGUCAAGGUGUGAAACUUGUGGUACAGAAGAAGCAAAGUACAAAUGUCCACGCUGCAUGCGAUAUUCCUGCAGCUUACCUUGUGUAAAGAAACACAAAGCAGAACUGACAUGUAAUGGAGUGCGAGAUAAAACUGCUUAUGUUUCAAUACAGGAGUUUACUGAAAUGAAUCUCCUAAGUGAUUAUCGAUUUUUGGAAGAUGUUGCAAGAACAGCAGACCAUAUUUCUAGAGAUGCUCUUUUGAAAAAGCCAAUAAGCAAUAAACACAUGUACUUUAUGAAAAAUCGUGCCCGAAGGCAAGGUAUUAAUUUAAAACUUCUACCCAAUGGAUUUACUAAGAGGAAAGAGAAUUCAACAUUUUUUGAUAAGAGAAGACAACAGUUUUGUUGGCACGUGAAGCUGCAGUUUCCUCAAAGUCAAGCUGAGUACAUAGAAAAGAGAGUGCCAGAUGAUAAAACUAUAAAUGAAAUUCUAAAACCUUACAUUGAUCCUGAAAAGUCUGAUCCUGUAAUUCGCCAAAGGUUGAAAGCCUACAUUCUCUCUCAGACCAGGGUGCAGAUAUUAAUGAAGGUUGAAAAUAUGCAGCAAAAUUUAGUAAGGUAUUAUGAAUUGGAUCCUCAUAAAAGUCUCCUUGACAAUUUGAGGAACAAAGUGAUCAUUGAAUACCCAACAUUAUAUGUGGUGUUGAAAGAAUCCAGUAAUGACAUGAUACUUCUUCACCAAGUAAAAAGUGAACCUACCAAAAACCUUGGCAGUGAAAAUUGAGCACUUCUUCUGAAAGAAGAUGAAAAUUCCCAGGCAGUUGCAGACGAUUAUACAUUGAUGGACUCUUGGACGGCUAGAUUAUUAUCAGUGGGCAAUGAGAAGUUUUUAUCUGAAAAGUAAAUAAUACAAACUUUUUUUAACAGAAACAUUUUCUAGACUCAAAUUAAUUGACUUCUGAGGCCCCCGUUUUAUAGUGUGAAACCCUUUUUGCACCUCAGCAUAGCCUUUAAUAUGCUUAAUUCUGUAGGCUGAAAAUGUUUUAUUUGUUAGUUUGACUCAAAACCAAGCCAACCUUGGUUAAAUGACCCUUCUCUUUAAUGGAACCUCACUCAAGAGAACUGUCAUGCUGUGCACCGUCUAGGCAAGGAGAAAAUAGCAGUUGCCUAUUCCUGACUUUGGGAUUUAUUUGCAACUUAUCCCUCUUAAACCAGUCUUUGUACUUGGGAAACUCCCAGUACAAUGUCUUCUUGCUGACUCAGUACUGAACUACUGUUUCUUAUAUUAAGUUCAGAAAAUCAGCAGCUCUAGCCGUUAUUUGAACAAUCACCGUUAACAAAUUUGACUCUUGUUAUUCACAGAGUUAAAUGUGUCUUAUUGAAUUCUGUGCUGCUUCUCAUUCCGAAUCCAUUUUCAUUACCACACAAGCAGAGAUAUUGUGAUGAUCAGUUUGGUAUAAUAGCUUGAUGAAUCCAGCAAUAACUAAAGGAAAAAGAAAACACUGGGAAUUCAUCAGUGUUUUAUUGAAAUGUAUAUGUAUUUAUUUGUGCAUAUACAUGGUUUGAUUUAUACCUUAUGGAAGCUUACAGUUUGCUAAUUUUACUGGAAUUUAUACAGUUAUGAAGCAGCAAUAUGACUAUAAAAGAUUACUACAUCUGUAUUCCAUCUGUGUACUUAAUGGUUAAAAAACUGAUGCAAUUGGACAUUAAUGAAAUUCAUUUUUAGUUUGUAAUUGGAACAAAUUCUAGACAAAAACCGAAGGACAUUAAAGAGUCUUACAAAGAUUAGAGAUAUAGAGCCAGGGAUUUAGCUCAGUAGUUCUGCUGCCUGCCGUGCAAGCACAAGGACCGAGUUCAAUCCCUGAUACCAAAAUAAAUAAGAUUAGAAAUAUAAACAGUUAUAAAAUGCAUGCAGGAGAAGUUUGCACAACACAAAUGCACAAGUAACUUGGAAACUGGAGAAGAGACUCCAAAGACAAUAGCGACUAAAAGACCAUUGUAUAAAAGUACCAGUGGGGCCUGGCAUGGUGACACAGGCCUAUGCCCCUAGGAGAUUGAAGCAAGACAGGAUUGCAAGUUUGAGCCCAGGCUGAGUUUAGUGAGAUCCUAUCACAAAAUAAAAAAUUUUUAAAGUGCCAGGGUAAGCAGCCCCUGCAAUCUGAGAAAUAUAUUUAUUUUGUGAAGCAAUUUGAGAAAUCUGAUAUGGGAGGUAAUUUAUGUAGAAUUAUUUAGUUUACAUUAUUACGAGAUAGUCAGUUAAAUUGGAUUUCAGGGGAUUCAGAUUUAAUCCAAAAGUGAAAAAGCCCUCUUGAAACAGGCAAGAGAUACGAUGAGUUGAAUCAACUGUGUCACAGAGUUGUUAGGAAAAGUGGGAAUAAAGUACACAAAAGUAACAUGUGAUCUGAAUGUCAGGGUGGAGAGGAAUUUCCUAAAAGUGAAAUGUGUUAUGAUGUCGUCUCAUUUCCAAGAAAAAUGUUGAGUUCCAUCCCUUCUAGAAUUUAAAUUGAAAACUAAACAAAACCCAAAAGAAUUAAUCCUGUACUUCUGCUGAAGAAAAUAAAAGCGGGGUAGGUCUUUUGUGAUCUGAUGCAUCUUUGCCAUCUGUGUUUUUUAGAAUUCUGUUAGACUUUUCAGUUAGGAGCUAUGUCUUAGGAAAGAAUUUAACUAGCAGAGUUCACAUAAAUAUCAGCUCAUUUGAUUUACAUGCACAUUCACUCACAUAGGAUUAUAAUAAAUAUAUAUUUUAGUAAAUAGGCAUGGAGGAAGUGAAGUUAGAAUAAUUCACUGGGAGCCCUACAAGUUGGUAGUACUAAAACUUAGUUUCUUUUUAGAGAGGCUCUCUCCCUUUUGGAUUCCUUACAAAUUCUGAUAUAUAAACAAACUCCUUGAUCCAUGUUAAGUUCAACAUCCUGCAUUUUGUUCAUGAAUCACAUUUUAAGAAGAGAAAAGCUCCACUUGGCCUCAUUUUUAAAAUUGGU